AUGGCAACAUGAGCAAAUUUAGGAUUACAAGAUAGUUCUUCUCCUUUAAUAGAACAAUUAAACUUUUUUCAUGAUCAUACACUUCUUAUUUUAACAAUAAUUACUAUUUUAGUAGGAUAUAUUAUAGGAAUACUAAGUUUUAAUAAAUUUACUAAUCGAUUUUUAUUACAUGGACAAACAAUUGAAAUUAUUUGAACAGUAUUACCUGCAAUUAUUUUAAUUUUUAUUGCAUUUCCUUCUUUACGACUAUUAUACUUAAUAGACGAAAUUAAUACACCAUCAAUUACAUUAAAGUCAAUUGGUCAUCAAUGAUACUGAAGUUAUGAAUAUUCAGAUUUUUUAAAUCUAGAAUUCGACUCAUAUAUAGUACCAACUAAUGAACUAGAAACAAACGGAUUCCGAUUAUUAGAUGUAGAUAACCGAGUGGUUCUACCAAUAAAUAAUCAAAUUCGAAUUUUAGUUACAGCUACUGAUGUACUCCACUCAUGAACAGUUCCUUCAUUAGGAGUUAAGGUAGAUGCUACUCCAGGACGAUUAAACCAAUUAAAUUUUUUAAUUAAUCGACCAGGAUUAUUUUUUGGUCAAUGUUCAGAAAUUUGUGGAGCAAAUCAUAGUUUUAUGCCUAUUGUAAUUGAAAGCAUUCCUAUAAAUUACUUUAUUAAAUGAAUUACUUCAAUAACUAACU